AUGGCUGUAGACCCCAACAUCGUGGCCAUUUUUGGGCCGCCGCCAAAAGGGCUUGAUCUUGGUCAUAGUGUCAUCCUCUCGUAUAAUGUCGUCACUUGUUCUGUGCUCGGUGUUGCUGUUGCAGUGGUGGGAUUGCGAUUUUAUGUGAGGAAUAUGAAGUCGGCGAACAUUGAGAUGGAUGAUUGGGCUGUUUUGUUGAGUUUGUUUUGUUCUGGUGCUACUGUUGCGAUGACUAUUCUGGCUGGUGCUCAUGGAUCGGGAGCACAUGUCUGGUCCAUCAGUCUCCCAACUCUCGUCAACGUCUUCAAAAUCGUCUACGCCGAGCCAUUCGUCUACGCCCUCGCAGUCACAUCCGUCAAGAUCAGCAUCCUCCUACUCUACCGUCGCCUCUUCCCUCUCGGCAUCGACAAGAAUCGAGUGUACACUCUUAUGUUUUAUGCAGCAACCUUCCUCACGAGCGUCUACCCGUUCAUUCUCUGGAUCACCAUGGCUUUUGCCUGUCGUCCGGUUAGCCACUUCUGGAACCAGUACCUCGGCGCGUCAGGAAAGUGCAUCGAUGUCAAACUCUUUUUCCUCGUUCUUGGAAUCAUGAAUAUGAUGAAUGAUAUCAUCAUCUUGACUGUUCCUAUUCCGCGGAUUUGGACGCUGAAGAUGAACAACAAGACAAAGGUGUCUGUCAUUUGCAUCAUGCUUCUGGGCAGCUUCGUGUGUGUCGCCAGCAUCGCCCGUAUCUACUACCUCUGGGGCUUCUUCCAGAACCUCGACGCAACAUGGUGGAUGGGCCCCUCCUUCGCAUGGUCCAGUCUCGAACCAUCAGUCGCCGUCAUCUCAGCAUGCCUUCCAACUUUGGCGCCUCUUUUCCGAAUCAACCGCAUCGGCUCAACCUCACGAUCAAGAGGCACGCCUUCGGGUGGCAACGAACUAUCCAAGUCUGGAUCCAAGCAUUUCCAGCUCUUCAGCGUCAACAGAGCAAAGGGGACGGGAUUCCAGAGUGACGAUGACGAGGUAGAGUUGACUUAUGAUGUGGGCAGGGGAGGCACGAGUGAGCCGUCGGCGUGGGCAGGGAAAAGUUCAAAUGCUGAACAGGGCAUUGUGGUGCAGACUCAGGUUUCGGUCACGCAUCAUGACAGGAAGACUCCUAGCACUAGCAGUAUUUAG